UCUUACUUUGUAUUAAGCGGUGCCUCUUGCUUUCUCCUUAAGACAUCCUUCAUCACUGUCACCAUGAGCUGUGGUCCAAGGCACACGGUCCUAACAGCUGGGAGAAGCAGCAGUGGCAGCUGCAAUCUUGGUGGAGGGAGGGUUGGGGUGGCUUCUGUCGCCUCUGGACGGUAUACUUCCUGUGGGUUAGGCAAUGGGAGAGCUAACUUCUCUGGCCGGAGCCAUGUCGGGGGAGGUUCUACCUGUGCCUAUGGAGCAGGAAGAAGCCAUUUUUCAAGUGGUAGCUGCAGUGGGGCUUUUGGUGGUGGACAUGUUGGGGGAAGUGGUGGGUUUGCUGCUGGCCCCCAUGUUGUUAGUGCCGGUGGAGGUCAUGCAGGUGUGGUUGGUGGUAUUCAAGCUGGAGGCUUUGCUGCUGGCUCCCACGUUGGUAGUGCCGGUGGUGGUCAUGCAGGUGUGGUUGGUGGUAUUCCUGCUGCUGUGGUAGGGGGCAUGGGUGGUGCAGUUGGAGGUGUCAGUCCUGGCAUGGUAGGUGGCAUGGGUAGUGUGAUUGGUGGUCAUGGAGGCAUGGUCGGGGGUAUGGGUGGUGUGGUCACUGGCCCCGGAGUGGUUGGAGGAUUGGGUGGUGACCAUGUCUGUGGAGGAAUCUUCUCCUCCUUUGAUGGGAAAAUGACCAUGCAGAACCUCAAUGACCGUCUGGCCAGCUACCUGGACAAGGUCCGAUGCCUGGAAGAAGAAAAUGCUGAGCUUGAGUGCCGAAUCAGGGAAUUUUAUGCCAAGCAAGGCCCUCUUUGUGAACCAAAGGAUUACAGCCAUUACCACCAACAAAUUGAAGAUCUUAAAAAUCAGCUCAUUUGUACAAGUGUGGAUAACAACAAACUCCUUCUGUGCAUUGAUAACAGCAAGCUGACUGCUGAUGACUUCAGAACCAAGUUUGAGACGGAAUGCUGCCUCCGUCAGAACGUGGAGGCUGAUAUCAACGGCCUGCAUCAAAUCCUGGAUCAGCUGACAGCCUGCAGGUCUGACCUGGAUGUACAGUGUGAGAACCUGCAGGAUGAGCUGUGUUGCCUGAAGAAGAACCACCAGGAGGAAAUCACCUGCCUGAAGAGUCAGUCCACUGGUGAUGUCAAUGUGGAAGUAAAUGCCUGCCCUGGACCAGAUCUGAAGAAGAUCCUGGAAGAGAUGAGGUGCAAGUACGAGACAAUGAUUGACGGCAACCGCAAGGAGGUUGAAGCGUGGUAUGGAUCCAAGAUCGAGGAGGUGAAUCGUGAUGUCUGCACCAGCAGUCAGGAGAUUGAAGAAAGCAGCAACAAGGUCACGGAACUGAGACGACAACUGCAAGCCCUGGAGAUUGACUACGAGGCCCAGUGCAGCCUGAGGGACACCCUGGAAGGUUCCCUGGGCGAAACGGAGCUUCGCUACAACAAUCACCUGGGGGAGCUGCAGGAGCGCAUCUCCUGCUUGGAGCAGCAGCUGGCCGAGCUGCGGUCAGAAAUGGAGUGCCAGAACCAUGAAUACACAGAGCUCCUCGAUGUCAAAAUCCGCCUGGAGCAGGAGAUCGCCACGUACCGCAGCUUGCUUGAGGGUGGAAAGCAUGAUACUGUCCAAUUCUUCUCUCCUUACAGUGGAGGAGCCGGAGGAGCUACCAGAGCCAGCACCACCACAGGUGGAAGACCUGGUGAGGUCCGGAGUUCCCACACUUAUGUGACCCAUUCCGCAGGUCAUGCAUGCCAUGGAGGCCAUUUACACCACUAGAUGGCUAGAAAGAAGGGCAUGCGAGAACUGCAGAAUGGGUAGAGAAGUAUUCCUAGUAGUUCAUCCCCAGAGAAGUAUUCCUAGUAGUUCAUCCAAGCUGCCGCUGUUCCAUCUGCUUGCUGGAAUCUUUCAAAGCUGAUCAGAGGG